AUGGACUUGGUUAUAUUGCUUUAUUCCCUAUUGGUAAAAGUAGCAACAGUGACUUCUGUCAAGCAUUGCUAUCAAUGCUCGGAUGCGAAUAUUGAGACCCAUUAUGGCGUGUUUUUUGUUAACCCUCGUGUACUACAGGAUGGGAAUCGCAGCGAUUUGAAGAAAUGUGACAGGUUCAGCGUCCCUGUGGUGGAGUGCAACAGCAGUUGUUUUUCUCUGAACGUCACCUCACUUCAUGCUAAGGAUCGCGAGGUUCUGCCAUUCGGAACUGCUCAUGGGUGCUCGCAAUAUGUGAUAAGUGAAGAUAUCGAAGAUCAUUCCGGUUGCUUCAAGAAGGACAUUCUACUCAGGACCAUUCCGCCAUACGUUGUACAAGCAGAAUACUGUAACUGUGAUGGAGAUCUUUGCAAUAGCAUAAGCUAUAUAGUCCCAGUCCCGCCUCAACGAACCUCUUCGGGAAAACAUCACUUCUACGUGAACAAUGUAAAAAAUCCGGAUAAUGCAGUUUCUUUCGCCUUCCCGUCAUUUCUUCUAGUGUUGUACCUUUUCACUCAAGGACCUUAA